CGCAGCGCGACGGGGCGGGGCGGGGCGGCCGGGCCCGGAACGGAGUCCGGGUUUGUUGUUUUGGCCCCAGCGGCUCCUCAGUCGCCUCAGCCGCGCCGCCGUCGCCAUGUCCAGCCCUCAGGAACAGCCGCAGCACAACAACAACAACAACCCGCCGGCGGACGGGACGCACGGCGAGCCCGGCCUCAACAGUUCCUGGGUGGAGCUGCAGAUGAACGGCAACGGCAACAGCAACGACAACAGCAACGGCAAGAACGGGGGCCUGGAGCACGUCCCAUCCUCCUCCUCCAUCCACAAUGGAGACAUGGAAAAAAUCCUCCUGGAUGCACAGCACGAGUCAGGACAGAGCAGUUCAAGAGGUAGUUCCCACUGUGACAGCCCGUCACCUCAAGAUGAUGGACAGAUAACUUUUGAUGUGGAAAUGCACACAAGUAAAGACAGUAGUUCUCAGUCCGAAGAAGAAGCAGUAGAAGGAGAGAAAGAAUUGGAAGUUUUGAAGAAAAGUGCAGACUGGGUGUCAGACUGGUCAAGUAGGCCUGAAAACAUUCCUCCCAAGGAAUUCCACUUCAGGCAUCCUAAACGUUCAGUGUCUCUAAGUAUGAGAAAAAGCGGAGCAAUGAAAAAAGGUGGCAUUUUCUCUGCAGAAUUUCUUAAGGUUUUCAUUCCAUCUCUGUUCAUAUCUCAUGUUUUGGCUCUGGGACUAGGCAUCUACAUUGGGAAACGCCUGACCACACCUUCAGCCAGCACUUAUUGAACCCAUGGAGUGCAAACCUGGACCCAUGUGACCUGUGAAGGUGUUACUGUCUCAUUUAGUACAUUUGACUUGAGACCAUUUUAAGCAUGACCCUGACUUCACCCUUUCCUUCCAUAUCCAGGUUUUUGCUAACUCUGGAAUUCAGUAUUGUGUUGGAACUGUUGAGGUGUUUGGCUAUCCACAUUCUUUCCCUCUCUCCCAUUCCCCUGCCUCUUGGCCUGCAAGACACGUCAGAGUUGCUGGAUGGAGUUUACAACUGUCUCUGUGUUGCAAGGGCUUCUCUCAAUGCAAAAUGCCACCAGCAAGUUUAAUUUUAUCAGUGAUGCUGUUGCCUCCUCAGUGCAACCUGACUUCAGUUGCAGUUGUGCAUGAUCUAAGUGUUGACUGCAUGGUGGUGAUAAAACAGUCUCUUUGGAAGGAAAUUACUGAUUGGAGUUUUUCUUUUGUAAAAAAGAAGCUGGUUGUGGAAUAAACUAAGAAAUCACUGGCAAUAAAGAUCCAGUUUAAAUCAGCUUUCGGGGGGAAUUUAUUCGGCCCCUUGUAUUGGGUAACAAACACCAUUUGAAUUGCAGGAGGCAAAGACUGCAUAAAUUUUAAAGUAGGAUUACUAAAUCUAUCAGCAUAUUUUAAUACUAGGUAAUUGUUGUAAUCUUGUCUUUUCUAUGAAGUCAGCUCCUUAUUCCUUGUAGGAAAACCUGUCUGAUACCUAGGAAAUAUUAGAAAAACUGCAUUGUUUGCAUGUGAAGAAGCUUUUUUUUCUUUACCUGUUUUCUUAAGGGAAAAUUUUCAAUGUGAAAUUUUCCUUUUCACAGUAGUUCUAAAUUAAGGAAAAACCCAGCAGCUGUAGUGUAGGUAGGUUCUGUGUCAAAGGAAAAUAUUCUGUUUGUGGUGGACCCAUUUACAUCUCUGAAGAUCCAGCAAUUUCAGCAGGAAAAGCAUUUGACUCAUCCUUAAGGGGGACAAUCUUGCAGGUGCAUAAAGGUUCAGAAGUUGUAAAAGCUCUGAAAUGUCUUCUGCAAAUGAAUUUUCAAUAUUCUUCUCUCUCAUUGUUUACUGUACAAUCUCCUUUUUGGGGAUACUUGGAACCUGAAAGUCACUUGUGAUGUCUCAUGUUAGGGUAGAUUUCUCACUGAUGUUGUUGAACUUUUAUCUUAGGGAACAUUAAGCCUUGUCCUCCUUCAGUGACACUUCUUUUCAAAAUGUGAAGCUUUAGUACCAAAUUGUUACAAAGCAUUGGGACAGUCUUGUCCCUAAAUAUAUUUUAUUGGAUUUCAGAACAUGUAGCAUGAACUCUGAAGGAUAGAAUACUCCUUUUAUAUAUAUAUAUAUAUAUAUAUAUAUGUGAAUAUAUAUAUAUAUAUGGUAUAGACUUUAAUACUAAGUAUUUAGGGAACCAAUGCUAAUUUUUAGACUAGCAAAAAUCACAUUUAAAUAAAAACUUUAGUCGGCUGACUUGUAGAAAAUAAGGAAAUCUAGUCAGCCAUUUGGAGAAAACAGCUACCUAUGAUUGUUUGCUUGCAUCAGACUUUAUAAAGUUGAUUAUUUGAUAGAGCAGUGAUUGCAUGAACCAGUUGAUGCAUAAAAGCUAAAUCCCAGCUGAGAUUUGGGUUAAAAAACUUCAGUUAGCUCCCAGGAAGUGAAAAAUUAAAGUAUGAAUCCACUGCUAAACUGUAUUUAUUUUCAUUCUCUACUUCUGAAUACUGUCAGAGAAUGCUUUCAAAGUGAACAACAAAUCCUCUUGAGUAAUCUGCUUUUUUUUCCUUUUAGUUGUGAAUACUUAGUGGCACUUGAGCUGCCCACAAGUGCAGGUUUGUUUUGGCUGUGGAUAUUGGGUUUCACCCAAAGGUGGGGGUGGGCAGGGGAACCUGGUGGAGGGUGUUUUAGAGAGCAUCAAAUACUUCAUUUUACAGCCCUAAAAUCUGAGGGGACAGGAGAAAGGCUGGACCACUUUCACUUCUAACACAGCACCUUGUUUUGUAUAAAAUUGGAGUAGUGGAAAAAGAGAUUUUUACUAAGUAGGGAAUACUUUUUAAAGAGGAAAACCCAGUAAAUUACACCUUUCUAAAUUAAAAGGUAAUUCUUCAGAAUAUCUGAUAAAUAACAGUGCUAACUUGUGGCUGGAGUAUCAAGACCAGUAAUGACACUUGGAGUAAAACCUGUGAAACCCAGAGCUGAGGAAUGCCCCGUGGUCACUGUAACACUGGCUGGGAUACAAUGCAGUAUUUAUUGAGACCCUAUUCUAGGCUUUGGAGAAAAAUCUGCAACUUCCACUUUUACAGUGAACAGGAAUAGAGUGUUGUAUCAUUCACAAAGGGGUUUCAAUUAUUGAGAGUUGAAGUUUUGUUAAGAUAAAUGUUGUUUAAAAAGCUUUAUAUCUGUUUACAGUUUUGGAAAAAAAAGUGUAGGCUUCAUUUUUCUUACAUUCAGUGAAAACUGGCCUAGACUUGUAAAUAGGAUCAAGAAAAAAUGCAUAAACUCGCACAUUAAAGAUGCAGGCUGACCUAACUGCAGCAAAUGCAUAUUUACUUACUGUUUUCAAAAGUGAAAGCUGAAGAUUGUUAGAAAUUCAAAUUUUUAAUUGACAUUUGUUGAAAUAUUGGAGUUAACUGAGCCAAAGUGAUUAUGCAUUCUUCAUAAAUUAGUUAGCACUUUGUAACAUUAUAUACAGUUUACAUGUAUAAGUUGUAGCUUAUAUACAUUUUGUGCCAUUAAAGCUCUCACAAAACUGGUUGUCUGAAAUUACUUCAUGCUGCGCCUUUCUUUUGUCUUUCUUCUCUUUCCCUUUUUUUACAGGUCUGCUUUUUAAGAUGUUUUAUGGAACUGUUUUGUUCUGGGUGACACGAACAUUGAAGCUGCUGUUUAUAGACUAGAAUAAUUUUUUUGAAAGAUUGCUGGGGUUUGUUUUUGUUUUGUUUUUUAGUGACAUGGGAUCAUCCGCUUCAUUUCCUGAAGCACUUAAUAAAAAUACUCCCCCUGGAUGGCUUUGUGUACCUUCUCCAAGUCCUCCAGCACCUUGUCCAGGAAAAAUUCUGGAAGGAAAAUAAUGUGGUGGCAUAUUAAAUGUAAAGUAGAAUUGCUGAGAUUUUGUAUGAUUGAUCAACUCUAUUGUGUUCCUUGUAUUUCUCUUCUGUUUCCUCAUUGGGUUUAAUUUGCAGAUUAAAGAGUAAGGGACAUAAACUCUAAUUGUUAAUCUGCCUCCAUGUUCUUGGUUCAAGAGCACAGGUUAUUUCUGUUUAUCCAGAGGAGAGUUGUUUAUUCUAGGUGGAAAUGGCACCAUUCUGAUUCCUGGUACCACCCAUUUUAGUUAUUCUUUUCUAUAUUUUUAAUCUGUAAAUCCAGAACUUUGUGUAAAUGGGAUUUUCUUUUUCCAGAGGAAUAAGCGAAAGCCAUAAAC